UUUGAUAUGCUCGGUAGAGUCAGCUCCCUUUCCCCCUUUUGUCUUUAAGACUCGGUUUCCCUUGUUGAGAUCCUCUUGCAACGAAGCACCAUGGAGCGCACAAUCCCCCCUGUCAUUCCAAGUCUUGACAGUAGUUCUUGUCGUGCGUGUAACAUGAAGCACGGUACCCGCUCUCACCGCAGCUCGCGAUCCGACCGUCGCUGUCCUGCCGUCCUGCCCUCUUCCGGAUCAGAUGGCUUCAGCACAACCAAUCAAGCGUCGCUCACCAGCAACACAAGCCUGUCUGACACUCCCAUUGAUCCUGGCCAUAGCCUGUUCCGGUCUCAGCCUCAUUCGGCUUCACCGCGACCCCCUUCCCUGCCAUAUCGGCACCCCGUGCUUGAUGUCUCCUCGGUCGGCAUGGCGCUGGGAAUCUGGUCACAGCCAGAGCAACACCACGGGCUCUAUGCAACUCAGAGCCAGAAAGCCACCGACCAUGGAAGCCCUGACAGUGAAGACGACUCGGCGACAUCGAUGAUCGUCUCACGGCACUCUCCUGCCUCUUCCCCCCUACCCCAAUGGCCAUCAGUCUUAGAGGAAAGUAAGAAGAAAGCAAAAAAGAAGAAGCACGGGAAGCAGAAAAGGAAAAGGAACCACGAGACAGACCCAGGCACCGCCCCAGAUGCAGGCCCUAUGUACGACCGAACGCGUCUCCCUUCGACUCCGCACGUUCAGAUGGGAGGACCUCCGACGUACGAGGACCAUCAAGCCGACGAGUUCGAGUACCAGACCCCGGCGCCGACUCCCCCCACGUACGACCCAAGCGACCUCAACCAUGUCGGCGCAUCAUGGCCUCCUAUUGUCUUUCCGUACCCGAGCGACCUUCCCGACGCCGAUUUCAAGGAUAUCGUCGACUAAGUGGGAACCCAAACCCAUCCGACGCCGACCAUGACACGACUACCAUGCGAGCCAUGAACGCCCGGCAAAGAGGGCCAGGGGGCUGGCAGGCAAACGGUACAUGCGCAAGCUGAUGUCGACGAGAUCGUGAGCGAGCGUCCUCCCCUGUAUGCGCUUUGCAUUGCAUAAGAAAUCAACAGAGGCGGCAAGGGGGAUAUAACGUGGUGAAGAAACACGGCAAAAGUGACGUGACCAUAUAGAAGAGGAAGGG